ACUAGACUCCAAUACCACUGGCCGGAGCAUACCGUUCCAUAUUGUAAACUUAAUAAAGUCCUUUUUAAAACUUUUUUAACACCUUGAAGUUGAUGAGAACUGGAUCUCAUCCGGUUCAAAUAACUCUUUUCACACUGCAUCUGUCUUUUCGGAAUUCAAUUACUCAUUUAACGUCCUUUCCUCAUCGGGCCGAUCAAAGCCCUUUUUCCUUUCUUCCUCACCGAUUAAUCUGUCUUCUCUUCUCUAGCUGCCCCUUCGUUCUUCGAUGAUCUUAUCUACAGAAUCCAGUGUAUGCGAGCCAUAUCCAUGGGAAUAUACAUGAUGGCAACGGAUCUGAAGUGCCGUGGGACUGAAUUCUUCCUCUACGUGCUGGGAAGAGUGGGGCUGGUUGCCUUUGCUGGGUUGAGGGUUUCUUUGACACUAGGUCUAUGUCUCUGGGCCUCGUUGACCUACAAGUCCUCAUCGAACCCGGCCGUCCCCAAGAUUGUAUCCAUGUCGGUACUCUUUCUUUUUUGCCUUUUUUCUUUUUUUUUUGAACAAGGGGGGAUUUUUUGGGGAAGGGAAAAUAUUACGACUGUCCACUAGGGACUUGAGCCUUGAUAUGAGUCAAGUGUUUGAUGCACAUUGCAGCCCGCCAGGGGCCUGCUAGUGCUUUUGUUUUGCCCUUUUUUAUUGUUCAUGACUAGGAAAUGGAAAGCUCAUAAUGAUUUGGGUUUGCACAAUUUAGUAAAAUUAAGGGCAUUUGACAGUGUCAUUGAUAAGUGGAAAUUCUAUUAUAACUUUUCUUUUUAGAUCAUAUUGUGUCAUGUUAGUUCUUUACUGUAAUUCUCAUCUGUUUCUGUCCAGUUCCACUUAUUCCAUUUUCUUUGCUCAUGUAUUCUCCUCAUUUGUCUAGUUUGCUUAUGUUUUUAGACAUUUUAUGCUUCACUUUUUAAUUGUUUACAUGGUCCUGUUUAUUACUGGGAUCCAAAAGGUAAAAGAGAAACAAGGCUGAUACGAAGGAAUGUCAUCCACAAGCAACUUAGUCAGAGCCUCUGUUCUGUGAAUGGGUGCUUAUCUGAUGACCCAAAUUUGAGGUCAACUGAAUUUACAUGUCUUGAAUCUGUUCCUGGAACCCAUUGUUCUCUAGAACACGUACUCAGUUUUCUAUAGGUAAUUUUAUGUAUUGUUUUUCAUUUCUUCUGGAGUCAUAUGAGUUUUAGAAUUUUUUGUAAACUUCACUUAUAUCUCUCUAUUAUAAAAUUUAGGUGUUUAACUUUUAGUUAUGCUAUUUUGGUAUAUUAAUAAGAAAAAAAUCAAGUUUGUAUGCCGGGUUUACCAUUGUUGGUCCAUAUACACCUGUGGCCAAACCAUUGCUUCUGUUUUGGAUACCUCCUAACUGUUAAAUAGAUCUCCUUUAUGUAAUAUUACAAAUGAUAUGUAAUUGAAUAAAGUUUUUUUGAAUAU